UAUUUUCCAAUAGUGCGUAAUCGUAAUCAAAUUAUUUAAAAAUUCGUGGUAUAAACGGUAGUAAUUGUUGUGUUCCUCUAACUGAAAAUUCGCGAACAUUUAAUAGAGUAUUAUCGAAGGGCAUUUACACGAUUGGACAAAUUUGCGUGCUUUAUGAUUUGAGAGAUUCUUUGAUGAUCAGGAAAGUGCCAUCUUGAACAUAGUAACUCGCUCGACCCGCGCGGUCCCGGUCAGUUUCGUGCAUCCAAUAUGGCUGGUCGAGGUGGUUAUGAAGAUUCAAGAGAUUAUGGAGGUGGAUACCGUAGUAGUAACAGAAAGCCACUGCCAACAGAACCACCUUAUACUGCAUAUGUGGGAAAUUUGCCAGAUGGAAUUGUUCAAGGAGAUGUUGAUUUGAUCUUUGAUAAACUUAAUGUUAAAGGAAUCAGAUUGGUUAAAGAUAAGGAAACAGAUAGGUUUAAGGGUUUCUGUUAUGUCGAAUUUGAAUAUUUAGCAGACUUAGAGGCUGCAUUGCAAAUGAAUGGAGCAAUAGAAGUAAAUAAUUGUAUGCUUAAAAUAGAUGUAGCAGAGGGAAAAAGAAAUGAUCGAGGAGGUGGUUUCGACAGGAGAGGUCGUGGUAGUGGAGGUGGUGGUGGUGGCAGUGGAGGCUACAGAAGUAGAGAUGGUGGCCGUGGUGGAUACAAUGAUGAUUACGGAGGUUACAGUGACAGAGGUCAACAUGGUAGCAGGCAAGGUAGUACGUGGGACACGAGGGGUAAUCGUGGCAGUUAUCAUCAGUUCGAUGAUGAUGCAGGUGGCGGAAGUCGAGACUGGGCGCGUAACGCAGCGCCUAAAACGUAUGGUAAUAAACCACCACCACCUCGCGGAGCUGGACCUGAGCGAAAACCACUUCCUGAGGAAGAUUCUAACAAAUCUCCACCUCCAGAGGCACGUGGGAGGAAACGUCUGGUACUAGCACCAAGGACAGUAAAAGAUCCAGUAAAUGCAAUUGCUGAAUCAAGUAAAUCAAGUUCAAUAUACGGUGGUGCAAAACCUCGGGAGGAGAAACUUAAAAACGAAGAGAAGUAAAAUUAUUAUUAUGAUAAACAGUUUCUGAUUCCCUAAAUUGCAAGGAAAGGAACUACCCCAACAAAAAAAAUUUGGAAACCAAUUCCGAGAUUCCUUAGCCUCUUCAAACACAAUGGGAAGAAUCUCUUCAAAGAUGAAAAAAUAUAACAAUAAUUUUUAUUUACCCCUAAGGGGGAGUCUUCCCCAAAAGUAUAUAAAGACGAAAGGUGAUUUAACGAGAUUUUUAAGUUCCACGCAUUUGGCAUUUUUAAUGAAAAAUAAAAUUUUCUUGUCUAAUGCCCUCUCUAUUUACAUUGACUUCGUAGUUACAAAAAUGUAAUAGUAAAUUGGGAUUUUUGAGUAAAAAUUGUGUAUGCAAUACGUAAUUUAAUAAUGAUGGUAUAUAUAUAUAUAUAUAUAUGCAACAUAUAUAUUAUCAUAAUUGUGAGAUGAUCCAGAAAGUACAUUUUAAUGUUUAUGUCAAUUUCAUGUUGGGUUUUGUAUCACUUUGUAAUGAUAUUGAGGGUAUGUGUACAAAUUAUUAAAAAUAUAUACUGUCAUUGCACGUGUAUUUGGUCCCGUGCAAACCGCAUCUUCUAAAAUUGUACUCUAAAGUAAUCCCCAUUUCAACGAGUGCAAAAUAUUAUCCCUAUUAUCAUUUCCUUCCUUACAACUUUUACGUUUAACCUCAAUACCGAUCAUUGUAUGUGCUUGUUAAAAUGAUUCGUGAAUGAUUGUUUAAUAGGCAAUGUCGCAUUUGAUUCAAAGUAUUAAACAAUUGUUUACGCACUCGCGAAAUAACAAACAAUUACGAGAUAUAAAAUAUUUAAGUGAUUGGAAAAUGUAUACAUCACUGAAUGGUAUGAAGAUAAUGUGUCGAUCACUAUACAUUAAUAUUGUGUAACGAAUUAAUUAACUAUGCUAGUAAUAUCGAUCAUUUAAAAGAGAUAUCGAUGGUUAUGAGAUAAUAAACAAAGGAAAACUUGAAAUAAUGAAAAAUAUUAUGUAAAACUAUGCUUGUAUAUGAUAUUAUUUCCUGAAUAAAGUAGUCGUUUGCCUCGUA